AUGGAUUAUCUAAAGUCAACGUUGUCUCGAGUCGUAUUAGGUAAAGAUAUACCGACUCUUCCUUUUAACAUUGCAGAGAAAGUAGACUCAUACGAGGGCGUAUCAAUAUGGUCUUUAUAUCAGGGAACAAAAAAGGAGGACGGAAGCCCUGUAUCUAUUUUCACUUUUGAUUGCACCAAGCAAAAAGAUAAAUUACCUUUAGCCAAAAAUGCUUUCAAGAAAUUUCGAACCAUUAGACACCCAGAUUUUUUACGUUACGUUGAUGGUGUGGAGACUGAUUCUAACAUAUAUAUCGUUACCGAAAAUGUUACUCCUUUAAUAACACAAAUUAAUGUUCGUCCUGAUGAUAAUUUAGUGCCAUGGGGUUUAUAUAAAGUGGGGAGCGCAUUAAAAUUUUUAAAUAAUGAUUGUUCAAUGAUUCAUGGUAAUGUUCGAAUUUCGUCAAUAUUUACAAAUAAAGCUGGGGAAUGGAAAUUGGCUGGAUUUGAACUUAUGAGUUCUCCCAAGGAAGACAACCCUGUGAUUUUUACUUAUGGUGGAUUAGUAGUUGAUUCUUCUAAAUAUGCUUCCCCUGAGAUCGCAAAAAAUUCUUGGAAUAAUCUAAAGGAGCAUGAUGUGUGGGUAACAGACUCUUGGAAUUACGGAACUUUGAUCUAUGAAGUGUAUAACGGAGCAUUCUCAUCCACUAAUCAACUUGAAAAUACUGGUGCUAUACCACAGAAUAUUUUAUCUCCAUAUAAACAAUUGAUAAGAGCCAAUCCAAAAUCUCGACUUAAAAUAUCUGCUUUCGUCGAUGCUUGUUUACGCCCUGGUGGAUUUUUUCAGAAUGAUCUAGUACAAAUUAAUUUAUUCUUGGAGAAUAUGAACAUUAAAGAAGCAAGAGAAAAAGACAUCUUUUUUAAAAAAUUGAUUAAUACGAUCGAUAAAAUGCCUGGAAAUAUAUGUAAAUAUAAAAUUUUGCCAGAACUCCUUAAAGCUCUAGAAUUCGGCUCAGGUGGUGCAAACGUAUUACCUUCUAUAAUAAAGAUCGGUGAAACUCUCGAUGAUAAUGAAUACGAACAAUUUAUAGUGACAUCUAUUAUAAAAAUGUUUGCUGUGCCUGAUCGAGCUAUGCGUCUUAGUUUGCUAGAAAAUUUAGGCUCAUUUAUUGAUCAUUUAGACAAUAAAACGGUCAAUGAAAAAGUAUUUCCUCAUGUGGCAACUGGAUUUACAGAUACUGCACCAAUUAUCAGAGAAAGUACCGUAAAAUCGGUUCUUUUACUCGCACCAAAGUUGACUGAACGUGUUAUCAAUAAUGAUUUGUUACGGCAUUUAGCAAAGUUACAAAUGGAUGAAAUGCCUGGUAUUCGGACAAAUACCACUAUUUGCUUAGGCAAAAUUAGUAAAUACCUGAGUGAAAGUACAAAGAAAAAAGUAUUGGUAACCGCCUUUACAAGAGCACUGAGGGAUCCGUUUCCUCAUGCUAGAGCAGCGAGUUUGAUGGCAUUGACAGCAACACUAGAUUAUUAUGAUGCUACCGAUUGUGCAACUAGAAUAUUGCCAUGUGUGUCAGUAACUUUGGUUGAUAAAGAGAAACCAGUACGCAUCCAAGCUUUCAAAUCGCUCGAUGUAAUAAUUAAACGAAUAGAAAAAUUGGUCGAAUCAAUGCCCGAUUCAGCUAUUAUAACUGAACAAAGUUCAGGGAAUGCCGACACUUCAUUACCGACCUCAGUUGCUGGUAGCGUGGUUAGUGCUGCCGAAAGUUGGACUGGAUGGGCCGUUACAUCUUUGACCAAAAAGAUCACUGGAGUAAAUGUUGAAGGCGAAAUUGUAGCAGCUCCUACUAACAGCACAAAUAAUGAUACAUCCGCGCAUGCUCACGAGAAAUCGGGAAGUGAAUAUUUGUCACCUUCUCCGAGUUCGAGUAUUAAGAGUGAUCAACUUAAUGACCACAAAGAUCAAGAUAUCUCUGAUGGUUGGGAAAACGAUGAUUUGACUGGAUUUGAAAAUAAGAAUGAUGAUUGGGGAUUACAACCGUCUUCUGCAUCAUCAUCUCAGCUAUCAUCUCGACCAGAUAGCAUUAGCAUGAAGCAGAGCGUUUCUGCAGCAACAUCAUCAAUGAAGCUAGGAGGUUCUAAAUCACAUCCAGCGGAUGGUUGGGAAUUGGAUGAUUUUGAAUGGAGUAAUAAUGAUGGAUGGGACGAUGAUUGGGAUACUUCAAAACCAUCAAUCCAAAAAUCGACGCCUUCUAUUACAGUUUCUAAGGAAGAGAGAGCAGCAGAACUUAACAAGAAAAGAGAAGAAAGACGACAG